AUGUCAACGGAGGCCAGCAUGGAAACUCGAAAUCAGUUAGUAAUCCAUGAGAGAACACACACGGGCGAGAGACCUUUUCCUUGUAAAACUUGUGGGAGAAGUUUUAGUGCGAGAAAAUCCCUGCAGGGACACGAGAGAACGCACACGGGCGAGAGACCUUUUCCUUGUAAAGCUUGUGACAAAACUUUUACAACUAGCACAAAUUUGAAGAUCCACGAAAGAACGCACACGGGCGAGAGACCUUUUUAUUGCAAACCUUGUGACAAAACUUUUACAACUAGCACAAAUUUGAAGAUCCACGAGAAAUCGCACACAGGUGAGAAACCUUUUUAUUGCAAAACUUGCGGGAGAAGUUUUACAACUAAAAUUAACCUGCAGGUCCACGAGAGAACACACACGGGUGAGAAGCCUUUUUCUUGCAAAACUUGUGGGAAAAGUUUUAGUGCGAGACAAACCCAGAAGGAUCACGAGAGAACGCACACGGGUGAGAAACCUUUUUCUUGCAAAACUUGUGGGAGACGUUUAACACGUGCAUGUAGCUUGAAAGUCCACAUGAGAAGCCAUAAAGUUUAUACAAAGUCCACAGGAGAAUACAUCCAGUUGAGAAGCCACACCAUGGCAACAGGAGAGGGAUAA